CACACACAAAAAAACUGAGGAAACGGGAAAAAAAAAAGCCUAAAGGCAUAUUCCGACACACCACGCUGCGCACUGAGCCGCCCAUUUCGGUUCAGGCCUGUGCGGCGCGCGAGUGUGCCGCCGGCGCCGAGAUGCUGCCACAGCUGGUGCGCGCUGGCCGCGCCCCUCUCCGACGCCUUGUCUCCACCUUAUCCUCGUCCCGAACCCUCGCGCCUCGCGUCCCUUACGGCAUCAGCAGCGGCACCGGCGGCAGUAACCUCCCGCUCUACACUCGCCCCUCGCCGUUCCGCUACGGCUCGAGCGGCGCCCGGCGAGGCUUGAGCUUCUACGCCCGCGCGGUCGAAGACGGGGAUGAGGCGUCUUCCAGCUCCGCCGCAGCCGGCUCCGACCUCUCCGCGCCUUACCUCUCCGUCCGCAUCCGAUGCCGCAGGCAGGACGCUGAAGUGCUCUCCGAGGCGCUCUUGUGCUUCGGUGCUAGCUCCGUGACUCUGGAUGACAUCGCCGAUGCUGGAAAUCUCGAUGAAAUCUCCAUAACCUCCAUAUAUGCCGAUGGGGAGGACGUGGGCUCGAGCGUUUCAAAUGCGGCAAGCGCAGCUGGUCUGGACUACAGCCCGGUGUAUGAAACCUCUGUGGGGAAGCAGUGCGAUUGGGUGGCAACUGUGCAGGAAACAUACGAGUCCACUGAAGUGGCUGAUGGUCUUUGGGUUGUUCCUAAAUGGAGAACUCCCCCUGAUCCACAGGCCACAAAUAUAAUCAUCAAUCCAGGUUUGGCUUUCGGGACAGGGGAACAUCCGACAACAAAGCUGUGCCUUGUACUUCUACGAGAAGUUAUUAAAGGGGGUGAAUAUUUCAUGGACUAUGGAACAGGCACCGGAGUUUUGGGGAUUGCAGCUCUGAAGAUGGGCGCUGCUCAAUCUACUGGGAUAGACAUAGACCCUCAAGCAGUAACCUCAGCUUCUGAAAACUUGUUGCUGAAUGGCUUGCACUCCAACCAAAUGCCUGUUUAUUUGGUCCCAAAGAAUGCCCAGCCUUCAUGCUUCCCAAGUACCAUCAACAAAUCCGAAGGGAACAAAUCCACCAAUAACGUUGACUUGCAGCCCUCAAGAGGUUCACACGACAUAGUUGCAGCAAAUAUACUUCUGAAUCCCUUACUGGAGUUGGUUGAAGACAUUGUUGGUUAUGCAAAACCUGGUGGAAUAGUUGCUGUUUCUGGAAUAUUAGAGGAGCAGGUGCCGAAAGUUGAAGAAGUUUACUCAAGGUACUUGGACAGCAUAUUGGUAUCUGCAAUGGAUGGAUGGGCCUGCCUUCAGGGAACCAGAAGAGUGUAGCGGGCUAGCAGCGACCUUUAUUUUCCAGACACAUUCAUGAAGCGUUUUGACCAUACAUUUUUCUGACCAUUAAGGGAGCUUCUCCUCUACAAACAAGAGACUUUUAUCCUAACUGUUUGAAACUGUUUUGUAAGGUUACUUGAAUAUCGUAGAACAAAUGUUUUGGACUACAAUAGGGCAUCAAGUGUGUCUUCACUGUACCGGUUAGAUACUGUCUGAAGCUAUACAAUCUACAUAGUGAUAGCAUGCUUAAUUAUGCCA